AUGGCAGGGCGGCAUGCCACACUGCCAGUGAAUGAUCUACACUUUGAUAUCGAUGAACCUGAGCAAGAGAACAUCGAAAGGAACAGUGUUUCAAGCGUGCAGGAGAGCGUUCUUCUCAUGAAAACCUCGCUGCGUCAGCCAGCUAACACAGUUAUGCAACAUCGACCCAAAAUUGAAGUCGGGCCUUGGAUGCCCACGAAUUCUGACACAGUUAGCGUCAUAAAUGAGUCCGCUGCACUAAUGGCUACGAAAAAGGGGCGCUUGACGUCCAAUCUACGCGCUCCUGACGGUGUCACAACGGCUUUGCUGGCCGGAAAUUCUCGAUCCUCUGGCCACAUCGUACACGCCGGAGUAGAUCCACAGAAGUAUGGUUCAAUGCAACUUCGACACUCGAUAUUACGUAUGAGUGCAAGUAAGACUUCGUUAGGCAGCGGUCUGAGGAAAUGUGCAUCGGUUGAGUUUGUACUAGACCAUGUACACCAUCAAGCAGCGCAGAGUUUUUAUGCUAGUACGUCUUCGAUUGGACGAGAACCACGGUACGGUUGUGGUGCUAAGGACAAGCAAAGUGUGUGA